AUGGCCGGAACAGUGAACCACUCGCAACUACUGGCCAGAGCACGCAAGAUGAAAUUGAUUGAGAGGAAGCCUCGCAUGUCUGCAGCAACCAAAAAGAAGAAAGCAGCAGACAAUCGGAAACGUCGUGCCGGUGCCAGAUGUAAAUCAGACCCAAAAGUACUGUCUGACAAAUUCAAAGCCGCGGUGCCCUCUGCCCACAAGAUUUCUCAGCUCGAUUACUAUGACUUUCUCGAAUUGAAAAAAGAAAUAAGCAAACACGUUAGCAAAAUUCGUGCGCACGCGAAGAGGUGCAACCCGGAUUUCAGAGACCAACUGGAAUCCGAUUAUUGA